AUGAUUUAUAAUGAUAAGAAUGAAGAUUGGAAAGAUAGAGAAAAUCGUUUAGUUGAUAUAAUAAAGAAAGAAUAUUAUUAUAAUAAGAAUGAAGAAUAUGAUGAAUAUAAUAUAAGGGGUGGAAUUAUAGGAAAACAUAAAUAUGGUUAUAGUGAUUGUUAUAAAGGUGAUAAUAUUAUAUUAAUAAUAACAGAAUAUAUUAAGAAAGAUUGUAUAUUAGAUAAUUAUAUAUUGGAAUAUAAAAAGUUAUAUGAGAAUUUAGAUUAUUAUAUAGAAUAUAUUGAAAAAAAAUCAGAUAUUGAUUAUCUUAUUGAUAAUUAUUUUAUAAAGAGAAAAACAGAUACACCUAGUGUAAUAAGUGAUAUAGAAAAAUAUAAAAAAAUAAAUGGAGAUAUGAAUGAUAUAGAAAUGACAACAUAUACCAUAUCAGUCAUAUUAAAAUUGAAUAAACAUAUAUUAAGUGCAUUUCCAAUGUUAAAAAAUGUUAUAGAAUCAUUAAAGCAUGAUGAUAAUAAUGAAAAUUUUUAUUACUUAAAUAAUAGGAUAGGUAUAAUAGAAAAAUGGAAGAGCAAGAUUUUUAAUAUGUCCUGUAAAAAAAAAACAUAUAAAUCCAUAGCUCAUUCCUUUUUACAAACAAAUGAUGAAAUUAUUUAUAAGGAAGAAAAUAAUGAAAAUUUUGAUAAAUGUGAUAUAUAUAUGGAUCCAUGUUAUAUUAAUAAAACAUAUAAAAAUGAACAUAAUAAUUAUUAUGAAUAUAAUUAUGUACAUAAUAAGAAUGUGAAUGAUACAUAUAUAGUUGAUAAUAAUAAUAAUAUGAAUAAUUAUUAUGACGAUAAUAUGUAUAAUAAUCAAUUAUACAAUAAUGAUACUAUAUAUAAUAAUAAUAAUAAUAAUAAUAAUAUGAAUAAUUAUUAUGACGAUAAUAUGUAUAAUAAUCAAUUAUACAAUAAUGAUACUAUAUAUAAUAAUAAUAAUAAUAUGUAUGAAUACAAUCAUAUGUAUCAAGGUAAUUAUCCGGAUGAUACUAUAAAUGUUAUACAUUCUAGUAAUAAAAAUAAGAAUUCAAAAAAAUUCAUUCAAACAAUUAAUGCACCAGAUGAUAAUAAUAUUGUUAAUUAUAAAAAGAAGACCUCUACAUUUUUUUACGAAAUAAAUAUAACAACGAAUAAAAAUUUAAUAAGACUAAAAAGUGUUCUCCUCUUGAUUGAAAUAGUAAUGUCGUUUUAUUCAUUCUUUAUUAGAUGGGAAAAACAAAGGAAUAAAGAAAAAAAAAAAGAUAUAAAUGAUGAAAGAGAAGAAAGAGAUAUAAAUUAUAUAAAUUAUAUAAAAGAUAAAAUGAACGUUACCUGUGAUGAUAAUAUAUAUCAUAUGAAUGAUAUAGAUAAUAUUAACAAAAUAAAUGAUUUAUGUACACAUAAUGAUAAUAUUAAUAAAUAUAUAAAAGAUACAGAAUAUCAACAUGUGGAAAAAGAAACAAAUAACACAACAUAUGAUGAAAUAAAUUAUCAACUCUUUUAUGAUCUAAUAUCAGGAAAAUUAAAAAGAAAAAAAAAUAUUAAGGAUGAGAAAUAUGGUGAGAAAAAUAAAAAAAAAAAAAGAGAUAUACAAAAAGUGAAAAGUAUGAAAUAUAAGGAAAAGAAAAAAAAGAUGAAUAAUAGUAAUUAUAAGCCUGAUAAAUUUUUUCCAUAUAUUAAAUAUGAGGGUUAUGAAAGUGAAAAUACAGCUUCUUCAAAUAAUUAUGAAAAUAUAAUAGAUAGUAAUAAAAGAAGUUCAAGUGAUCAUAAUAGUAUAUCAUCAAAUAGUAAUAUAAAUAGUAGGUCUUCAAAUAGUGAUACAAAUAAUAAGUCUUCAAAUAGUGAUACAAAUAAUAAGUCUUCAAAUAGUUAUACAAAUAAUAAGUCUUCAAAUAGUGAUACCAGCAAUAUAUCAUCAAAUAGUGAUACCAAUAAUAUAUCAUCAAAUAGUGAUACCAAUAAUAUAUCAUCAAAUAGUGAUACCAAUAAUAUAUCAUCAAAUAAUGAAAAAAAAAUUAAAUGGUCACAUAAAGAUAUGUAUAAUUGUCAUAAUAAUUAUUUAUAUUCAUCAUCAUAUAAUGAUAAUUCAUUUAUAGAAAGUGAUAUAAAUAUUUAUAAUGAUAAAGAAGAAAACGUUAAUCCUUUACAUCAUAAUGAUUUCAUAGAUUCUCCUAAAAAAUUAAUGAAUGGUAAUGUUUGUUAUGGACAAGACAAUAAAAAUAAUUAUUAUAUUUCGAAGGAAAAUAAUAUAUAUAUUGAUAAAGAAAAAAAAAAUAAAUUAGAUAAUAAUAAUACAAUAUAUGAUAAAGAUUUUAAAAAAAUGAUGAACUAUAUUAAAAAUAUCCUAAUAUAUGUUAUAGAUGAAUGUGAUACAUAUUUUAAUAUAGAAUUUUUGUACACUUUACAUACCUUUGAAUUAUAUUAUUUAUUUAAUAUUUUUAAGAAGUUGUUAUUAAAAACGAAAGAUAUAGAAGAUGAUUUAAUAAUAAUGUUAACUUAUUGUGCAUAUAAAAUUGAAAAUAAAGAAAUUAUUGAAUAUUGCUUUUGGAGACUUGUCAGCAUAUUUGAAAGUGAAUGUAUUCCUAACUGUUGGAUAUUAUUAGAUGAUAAAACAAAUAAUCAAUUAAAAAAAAGGUUUGAUGAAUUAAAAUUUAAUUUUAAAGAUAUGAAGAAAAAGAACAAAAAAAUUAAGAAAAAAGGAAGAAUAAAAAAUUAUACUGAUUAUUGUAUUGAUAUAUUUUAUGAAACGUUUAACAUUUUUGAAACUGAAGAAAUAGGAGAUGUAACCAGUGAAAUAAAUAUAAAUGAAGGUAAUUUAUAUUUUAAAAAUAAUAUAAUAGAUAAAAAUAUCUUUAUUAAUUUUAUUAAUAAAACAAAAAGAGAAUUUUCUUAUUAUAAUGAUAUACCUAAAGGAUAUAAAAUUAAUGAGUUACAAAGAAUACGAAAAUUUAAUGAAUUUUAUUCAUGUUGUUAUAUUUUAAAAAAUGAUAAAAAGGAAAAGAUACUAAUGGGUUUUAAAAAGAGAGGACAAAAUAAAGUAUAUAUAUAUAAAUAUGAUAAAAAUAUUCAAAAAAAAUUUAAAAAUAUUAAAACAUCUUUUAAUGUAUCAGGAUUUUUAGGAGUGCUGGUAUGUAAUUUUACAGGUAUGAAAAUUAAAAUAUAUGAUAAUGGAAUAUCAGAAAAAUAUGCAAACUUUUUUCCAAAUUUUGAAAGAAAUAAUGUUAUUUCUAUUAGAUUUGAAUCCAAUAUUAUAAGUGAAUUACCAAGACAUUUUAUAUGUAAUAUUUAUAAAGAAAAUAAAAAUAUAAAACUUAUUUAUGAAAAUAAAUGUCCUAUAUGGAAUGAAGAGAAAGAAAUUUAUGAACUUCCUUUUUAUGGACGAGUUAAAAUGGCUAGUGCAAAAAAUUUACAAUUAAUUCUAAAGAAAUGUAUUUUUAAUGAAUCAAAAAAAAAUGAUUUUAUGAAUAAAAAUAUAAAUGAUAUAAUUGAAUAUGUGUCAGCUAGACAAAAUGAAGAUAAACAAAAUAUAAAAGAUAAGGAAAAGGAUGAAGAUAAGAAUGAUAAUAUUUAUAAUGAUAUAUAUAAGGAUAACAAUAAAAAUAAUAAUCAUAAUGAUCAUGAUAACAUGUCUAUUAAACAAAAUAACAAUGGAUAUAAUAAUACAAAGAGUGAAACUAAAAAUAGUGAUUCAGGUAAUAAAAAAAUUAAGAAACAUAAUGAUGAAUAUAUAAAUAGCUUUAUUAAAAAGAAAUUUUCUUUUGAUUUAAUUAAAAACAAUUUGAAAAAGAAAAAAGAAGAAAUUAAAUAUGAAAUUAUAAAUAAUGAUGAAGAGGAAAUAUUUUUAAUAUUUGGGAAAAAUUCUAAGGAUUAUUUUACUUUAGAUUUUCGUCAUCCGUUAUCAACAUUUGAAGCUUUUUCAGUUGCCAUUUCUUCCUUGCUGAAGAAAAAAGCAGUAUCAUAA